GUAAGCACCGCUUAUUAUGGAACUGAAGGUUGUAUCAAUAGCAACGUUUUAAGAUCCCAAAGUGAGGGAGGAAAAAUAAUUUGCAUCCUGGUGUUAUUUCAUAUUACGUUUUGUGUUCCGAACUGUUGUACAGUCCGGUAUUCCUGUCAAGUUACUGAUUCUGUGUUCCCGUUGAAAUAUUACCAUACUAUUUUUGGAUUAACGUUUCUUUCCCUACUUCGAAAAAGACCUUGAAAGGAAAACCAAUUUCUUCUGUGGAGAUUAUUGAAAGCCAUCGACGACAAAGUUUAAAGGAGGCAGAAGCAGUGUAAUAUUAACAACACGAUUCACUCGAACUUUUUUGUGUUAACGAUUAGCUCUGCUUCUCAAUGGUCACUAGUCGACUCUAUUUUGUAUUGUUUGUUUGCAUUUCGAGUGCAUUUACUUCUGGAUUAACAUUUGGAUUUACAUCAGCAACUACACUUCAAAUUUAUUUCGACCCUAUUUGGGUAGCAGUUUUUGCUGGUUUAUUAAAUGCAGGUGGAAUAAUUGGAUCUUUGUGGUCAACGUGGCUUAUUCGUCAUUAUGGACAUCGUCGCACAUUAUUUCUUUCUUAUAUUCUAUCUGUUGUGGGAUGGGUGAUACUGUAUUUUUCAACGUCAGCUGUCUACGAACGAUAUUCACCAACUGUUCAAUUUGUAUUAGGACGUCUGUUAACUGGUUUAGGAUGUGGAUUAACUUUAACUACUAAUCUAAUAUAUGUCUAUGAGAUAAUUCCAUCGUCAUGGAAAGUAUUGAUGGGGUCAUUGUUUCAAGUUGGUAUAACAUGCGGAAUUGUUGCUGAUUAUGCACUGGCAAUUUUUUUAAACUGGGAUAUUAUUUCUUUGAUUUUUGCUUUGGUUAUUUCAUUUGUUGCCGUUUUAACUCACAUGUUACCCGAAUCCUCGGAAUGGUGCUUUAAAAUGGGUAAUUUACAAUCAGCUGAAGCAUCUCAUUAUUGGUUGCAUGGAAAUGAGAUACCUUUUAAACAAAAUGGGAAUAACUUGAUGGUCAAUGGAGAUGUUUCUCAUGAUAUAUCAGAUCUGAGCACAAAGUCAUACACUGGUUCUUCUCAUGUAUUGAAUGAUUCAAAGUCUAAGCUUCGUACGAUUUUUAUACUAAUAACAUUUCAACAAUUAACAGGAAUGAAUGUCAUAAUCUACUUUGCUGAAUCGGUUUGCCUUUUUGGUGGACUAGUAUCAUAUCAAUGUGGAUUCAACAUGGGAUUGUGUCUAUUUAUUUCUAGUAUUGUAUCAGUGUUUGUGGUUAGAAAAUUCUCCUGGAAAAAGCUACUACUAGUUGGUGCUGUAAUUCUGGCUUUAUCCCAUCUAUGGUUUUCAUUUACGGUAUCACAGACUGAAACUCCAAUGUCUUCAAUGCUUCAAGUUUAUUUAAUUGUAUUUGCUAUGACUUUUGCAUGUAGUUGGGGUCCAUUACCAUUAUUAAUAACAUUAGAAUUAUUUCCAACUAUCAAUCGAAAUUAUGCUAUCAAAUCAUCUUUAACAGUUGGUUGGAUUGUUGCCUUUUUCGUUACAUUUAUAUUUGAACCAUUUAUAAUAUUGACGAGUGUAUCAGUUUUAUUCUGUAUAUUUUCUUUAUCUUGUUUAGUAUCUUGUGUUUAUGUUUAUUUUCAUAUUCACGAUAUGAAACCAAUUAACACAACCUAAUGUGUUUACUUUUUCUUGGUUAAUAUCAAACCAAAUUAUUAUUAAUAAUAAUAAUUCACAUAUUUAAAGUGAAAAUGUUCACUGAUACAUAUGAACAUUUCACUGUAGUUUUGUUCAUUUAUUAUGUUGGUUAACCGCGACAGCAACUAUUUUGUUGAUUGUCCUGUAGUAUCGGUUACUAUGUUAAGCUCAAAUAACUUAUUCUAGCUUCUGGACAAACUAGUUUAUUUAUUCUUCUUGAGUCACAUUUUAAUCUUGUUAAUUAUUUACUUAUCAACCCUGUCUGUUUUUAUAUGAGCACAUAUGUGUGUGUACACAUCUUAUCCUAUUUAUUCCAUGUCUGUAACUUAUUUUUGUUAGACUAUAAAUAUCGAUUAACGUUUGGUUAAAAGGGAGUUGGCAUAUACGGCUUUUCCACUACGUGUCCUUUUGUUUCGCUUCGCUCUCUUCUAUUCGCUUCAUCCUUCUCAUUUCUUGUCCAGAUCAGUGAGUGUAUAACAUAUAUGUAUUUAACAAUCCAUCCGUGUAUUCAACUUAUUUAAUUCCGUUAUUUAAGUCGACAAUUACAUGCGAGACUAGGUUAGGAUGUAUAUUUCGGCAGCAAUCAUUCAAUAAUGAUCAUUUGUUCGAUCUAACUGCAGUCAGAUCCGAGGUCAGCAAAGUACAUAAAUUUUUCUUCUUAUUCAAAUCGAUGAAAUGCCUUUUUUUUGAAAUAGAAAAUUCAUCAAUUACUUAUCUCUCUCUUUCUCUCUGUGUCUCUCUUUACACUUUUCACAACUAAUCUCUAAAUUGAUAUUAUUCUCUUCAUUCUCUAUAUAUAAAUUUAAUAGAGUAUAUCAUAGUAUUUAGUGAAGUCGCAGUAAUUGUUUUUAUAUAUUCAUCUUCUUAUCCUUUAUUAUUCUAGUGUAAAUUCUUUUAAAUAAUAAAACAUGAGUAAUACAUAGGCAGAUAUUCAAUUUUAAAACUUUCACUACAUUAUCAUUAAAUAACUAGAAAUAAAUUAUUAAAAUAUGUGUACACUGUUACUACGACUACUACUACUACAACUUAAUCUUCAAUUUUCAACUGCAUAGUAACAAUCUAAAUAAGAAAUUAGCAUCUAACUUGUAAAUUUUCUCUUAAACUCAAAAAAAAGAUUGUAACGCAUCUACAGAAAAGG